CGGCGGCCCCGCGCGAGCCGGGCGGGGCGGGGCGAGCGAGGCGCCGGGAGCGGUGCAGCCCCGCGAGCGGUGCGGCCCGGCCGGCCCCGGCGAGCCCCGGCGCGGCGGAUCCCGCACCCCUGUGGGUCAGAUGUCGUGAACCCUUUCUGGGCUGAGCUGGUUUAUCAGUGCAUCGGGCACCAUGGAGCACCAAGUGUCCAUCAUGUCUGACUGGGUCCUCCUCGGGCUGAUCGCAGGGCUGGUGGUGCUGCUGCUGUUGACAGUCUUCGGUUUCGUUGUCUACUCGGGGCUCUUCACAGAGGUGGUUGUGAGUGCUGGCUCCCCACCCGUUGGCAACAUCACGCUGGCCUACAAGUUCAGGGUGGGCCCAUAUGGUGAAUCUGGGCAGCUCUUCACAGAUGGCUGCAGCAUCUCUUCCAAGCUCUACUCCAUCGGUGUCUACUACGACAACCCUCACACGGUGUCUCCGGAGAAGUGCCGCUUUGCCAUAGGCCGAAUCCUGAGCGAGGGGGACGCAAAGCCCUCGGAAGAGCAGAUCAAGCGGUUCCUGAAGUAUGGCUUCAAGAUCUUCUCCUUCCCUGCUCCCAGCCACGUAGUCAUGGCGACCUUCCCGUUCACCACACCGUUGUCCAUCCACUUAGCAGUCAACCGUGUCCACCCAGCCCUUGACACCUACAUCAAGGAGAGGAAGCUGUGUGCCCACCCCCGAAUCGAGAUCUACAAGGAGGACCGCAUCUACUUUGUGUGUCCCCUCGCCCGCCAAGGGGACUUCUACGUGCCUGAAAUGAAAGAGCUGGAGAGGAAGAGCAGGGCUGCUGCAGCUGAGGCUGAGGAUGCCCAGACAGACAUCACAGGGGCUGACACCAUGAGUGAGACUAGCUCCAUCAGCAUAGAGGCCACAACUGACAGCAGAGACACCUCAGUGGCUACCUCCAUCCUGCUGCCCUUCCCAGCCAGCCGUGGCCGGGAGGAAGUGGACAACCGCAGUGAGCACAGCUACAGUGAGUCAGGAGCCAGCGGCUCCUCCUUCGAGGAGCUGGACCUGGAGGUGACCGGGGACGGGGAGGGAGCCCCAGGCCUGCUGUCUGACAUGGGCUAUGCAGGCAACCAGGAAGUCACAGACAAGUGGACCAAGGAGCCCAUUGCUGCUGAGAGAGGAGAAGAGUGAAGCAGGGGCCUGGCUGCCUCGCCUCCCACCAGGGUCUGAGUUACUGGCAACUGGUCACCUUCCCCACCUCCUUCUUCUCCAGCCAAGAGAUUUUGGUUGCUGAUUCCCCCUGGGACCUGCUCUUCUUUGUAGAAAGGGUGCUAGACUGUUUUGAGGAUGCCAGGAAGCAGUGUGGGGGGGGUCUCCUGCAGCACUCAGUGGCAUGGGGUAGGUGUAGGCUGGGGUGGGGCAGCAAAAUCCAUUUGCUGUUUGUAUGUCUCUAGAUGUGUCGCAAAUUCCUCACAGAGGUCUCGGGGGAGAGGUGGUGGAUGGCAGAGGUGUUCCCCCUAGUCUCUGCUGGUGCCCCUCUCACCCACAGCUUCUCUGUGCUGCACUGCCACGUGUUUUCUAGCACCAAAGAGCCGUGAGUAGGGUUGGUUGGGUUUGUUCCCCUCUUCUCUUCCCCUCGCUGAAAAAUGGAAACAUCCUGUGUACACUUGGUCCUCCUGGCACUGCCAUGGAUGCUUUUGGGGUCUGUAAUAAAGUGGAUGCUUUUCCUC